ACAAUGGAAAACCACUUCUCUUUCUUUCUCUCCCUGGCAUUUGCUGAAUUUCAGAGCUCUGUGUGAAGAAGUGGGUUUGUUUCAUCUUUCAGUUUGGUAUUUAUCUUUGAAGGAAGUUUUAUACUUUCAGUGUGAAAGUUUGAAGCUUUAGAGAGUGAAAAUGGAGAGAGAUUUCAUGGGUUUGAACUUAAAAGAACCAUUAGCUAUGGUGAAGGAAGAGGUUAACAAUGGUGGUUUCAGAGAAACAGGAUUUGCUAAAGGGCCAGGGAUACAGUGGUCCUUCUCUAACAAGGCCUCUGCAGUUCCUCACUUCAUGUCUUUUAAGGUUGUUCAAGAUGAUAAGGAUAAAAAGGUUGUUUCUGAUCCUUCGAUGUCAACAACCGGUUUCAUGCCUGCUUCAGCCGAAAUUCAGAAAUUGAUCAAUCUCGACAAGCCAAGCAAGGUGCCUUCUCUGCAUCAUCCUCACCAUGGGAAGACUUUUCCAGUCUCAAACCAGGGAGUUUCAGUUUCUGUGAAUAAUCCUUUCUUCAAGAAUCAUUUUGGUACGAAUGGUCACAAUUUGGUUUGUGCUAACACAAAGCCACAAUUACUUGGAGGGGUUCCUAUUACAACCUCGCAUUCAAAUCUUCCCACCACUGGCUCUGUCGGGUUCACUGAACCAUGGAAUGGUGUUAAAACCAGUGGAGCUCCUGCUCAAAUGACAAUCUUUUAUGGAAGUUCAGUGAGUGUUUUCGAUGAUAUCACACCUGAGAAGGCUCUGGCUAUUAUGUUUUUGGCUGGUAAUGGAACUUCUGCGGCCCCUGCUGUAGCACAGCCACAUGUUCAAGCUCAGGCACCCUGCUCAAAACCGGUUGCAGUUGAUGCUGUUAUUGCAAACCAGACCAUAAACACCCCACCGGGAUCUGGUCUCUCGAGCCCUGUAUCUGUUUCUUCAAAUACUGGUGCUCGGUCAGGAAGUGGGUCUAACAAUACUGAAGAGCCGAUGGCUACUAAAACUACAGGGUUUGCAACCACUCCUAUUUGCAAACUGGAGCUCUCAAACAUGGUGAAUCCGAUGGGAUCUGUUGCUUCUACGAGUGUGAUGCCUUCUGGACAUUCUGCCUUCUAUGCUGGCAUUCCGCAGGCUCGGAAAGCAUCCUUGGCUCUGUUCUUGGAGAAGCGCAAGCAAAGGUCAAUGAACGCAGCACCAUACACCAUCAGUAAAAAUUUCCCAGAAGGCUCCACCCCCCGGACGGUAGAGGCAUGAACUUCUCAAUAGCUUCGCACUUGACUACCAAGGGGGCUAACCGCGAUGUUAUGGUGUCGAAUUAGAAGGGUAAUUUGUAGGUUUAUAUAAUAUGCUAAAAUGUUAAGCAAAUGACUUGUGUUUUUGCUAGAAGAAAAGUGUAAUGCUGACUUGAUUUUAUUUCAGUCUCAAGUAAGUUUUCUAGUAUAAGGAUUUUCCCCAGUCGCCAUUUUUCUUUUGAUGUGGAUAAACUUUGCCUUCCACAGGAUAACUUUAUUUCAGUACACAUUGUAACCAUGUAGUCUUUGUUACAUUGUGGAAAUUAUAUAUAGUUAAAUUUAUGCA